UCUGCAGAUGGGGAUGGUGCGCAGGCCGUGGUCUGCCAUGGCCACAGUGCUGCUGGCCCUGCUCGCCUGCUUGGGGGCGCUGGUCGACGCCUACCCCACCAAACCCGAGGCUCCGGGCGAAGACGCCUCGCCGGAGGAGCUGAGCCGCUACUACGCGUCGCUGCGCCACUACCUCAACUUGGUUACUCGGCAGCGGUAUGGGAAACGCGACAGCCCGGAAGCGCUCCUCUCGAAUCUGCUCUUCCCCGACGGCCAGGACAGAUCAGUAAAGUCGCGGCCAGAAGGCACCUACAUGUGGUGACGACCCCCAAGGCCUCCUGGGAGAGAUGCUGCAUACACCGACCUCAUUUGCAUGUUUGCUCCUGACUCCAGACCCUGGAUUCCUCCCCCUGCCCGGUGCAGAUGGGGAGGCUUCAGGGUAGGGUCCUCGGUCCAUUUCUCCGUGCCCCCACUGGGCUGGAGCUCUGUGUGUAGCCCUUCCCUGAUCCCCAA